AAGGAGACAUGUCUGGAGUAAGACCCAUCUCCAGAGACACCUUGAUGGAGACCCUCCUGUAUGAGCAGCUCCUGGAACCCCUAACCAUGGAGGUUCUUGGUGUGACUGACCCUGAAGAGGACCUGGACCCUAUGGAGGACUUCGAUCCUUUGGAGUGUAUGGAGGACAGUGACAUGUUGGCCCUGCGGCUGGCCUGCAUCGGGGACGAGAUGGAUGUGAGCCUCAGGGCCCCGCGCCUGGCCCAGCUCUCUGAGGUGGCCAUGCACAGCCUGGGUCUGGCUUUCAUCUACGACCAGACGGACGACAUCAGGGAUGUUCUUAGAAGUUUCCUGGAUGGUUUCACCACCCUUAGGGAGAACAUAAUGAGGUUCUGGAGAUCCCCGAAUCCCAGGUCCUGGGUGUCCCGUGAACAGGUGCUGCUGCUGCUGGCACUGCUGCUGGCGCUGCUCAGCGGGGGCCUGCACCUGCUGCUCAAGUGAGGCCCCAGUGGCUCAGGGCGGGGCUGGCCCCACCCCUGUGACCACUGCCCUGGAGGUGGCGGCCUGCUGCUGUUGUCUUUUUAACUGUUUUCUCAUGAUGCCUUUUUAUAUUUAAACUCUGAGAUAGUGCUGGAACACUGCUGAGGUUUUAUACUCAGGUUUUUUGUGUUUUUUUAAAUUCCAGUUUUCGUUUUUUCUGAGAUGAAUUCCUAUGGCUCCGAACUUGUUGCCGGUUAACUGUGGCUUGUGCCCAGGAAGAGCCAUUCACUCCUGCCCCCGCCCACACGGCAGGUAGCAGGGGGAGUGCUGGCCACACCCCUGUGUGAUGUGUGAUGCCCUUGGCAAAGAAUCUACUGGAAUAGAUUCCAAGGAGCAGGAGUGCUCAAUAAAAUGUUGGUUUCCAA